AACCAUGAACCAGAGCCACGCUUGCACUCCUAUAAAUCAAUCUCCCUUUCUUCUCCUCCUCUCUCGCUCUCUGUACCGAAAUCAAACUUCGGAGUUUUGGUCAAUUAAAUGGGUCGGUUUCUUCUUAUAGCCGUGUGGUCACUUUCCCUUGGGCUUUGGCUCUACCCUCAAGCAGCAUCAGCGCAACUAAAGCAAAACUACUACGCAAACAUCUGCCCCAAUGUCGAAAACAUCGUUCGAGAUGCCGUCCAAAAGAAGUUUAAACAAACUUUUGUCACGGUUCCUGCCACCAUCCGUCUCUUUUUCCAUGAUUGCUUUGUGCAGGGUUGUGAUGCCUCGGUAAUUAUACAAUCCACUGGAAGCAACACGGCGGAGAAGGAUCACCCAGAUAAUCUGUCACUUGCCGGAGAUGGAUUUGACACGGUGAUCAAAGCCAAAGCGGCCAUUGAUGCCGUCGGAAGCUGCAAAAACAAGGUCUCCUGCGCUGAUGUUCUUGCCAUGGCAACCCGAGAUGUCAUUGCACUGUCUGGUGGGCCUUCUUAUGCUGUGGAGUUGGGAAGACUAGACGGCCUGAGCUCGAAAGCUUCUAGCGUAAAUGGCAAGCUGCCCCAGCCAACCUUCAAUUUGGACCAGCUCAAUUCCCUGUUUGCUGCCAACGGACUCACCCAAGCCGAUAUGAUUGCUCUCUCAGGCGCGCAUACCGUUGGAUUCUCUCACUGUAGUAAAUUUGCGAACCGGAUCUACAAUUUCAGCGGUCAGAAUCCGGUAGACCCGAGUCUGAACAAGGAUUAUGCGACCCAGCUGCAAGCGAUGUGCCCAAAGAUUGUGGACCCGAGGAUAGCCAUCAACAUGGACCCAAACACGCCCAAUACCUUUGACAAUACAUACUUCAAAAAUCUUCAAGAAGGAAAGGGGCUUUUUACGUCGGACCAGGUUCUCUUCACGGACGCCAGGUCUAAGUCCACCGUGAACAGCUGGUCCAGCAGCUCUUCCGCCUUUCAAAAUGCUUUUGUCUCCGCCAUCACCAAGCUGGGCCGGGUCGGAGUCAAAACCGGGAAGAAUGGCAACAUUCGUACCGAUUGUGCUGCUUUUAAUUGAGAAAAUUCAGUCCCUCAUGAUUUGAAUAAUCAAGAAAUGCAAAUUGGCAUUGUAUUUGGAAGGCGAGCUGCGUGGGUUCGACAACAUAUGACGAAUAAGACUAAUGUUAUUGAGUGAAUUGUUAAGCACGUCAAUUAAGUUGUAUGGCAAUUUUAUAAUAAUUAAUUAAAUAAUAUUAUUC